AUGGUGGAACACAUCGUUGUAUUAACCUCUCUCUCCAUGAUUCCGGCCUCGGCGCUAUUGAUCCAGGUCCUCAAGACUCAGAACCAACAACCAGACUCGAUGCGCCACGGGAUUACACUGACGCCAACACUCUCCAUCGGCGUCGAUAUCAUGGGCAUUGGCGUUGUUCUCGUCACUUACUUUGGACUUGUAAUGUGUUUCAUUGCCAUUCAGGUCGGAUACGCAGUGGUGGGAUUCAUGUCAGGAGCAAACUGGGUUCAUGAGGCGCUGGAAAAGUCUUGGGACAAGGCAUAUAUGUCUGACAAGUCCCUUAUCCAUGACCUUCAAAUUGAGAUCUUGAACCUGCGGUUUGGAAAGCGGCUUCAGCGGAUGGGAUACCUCAUUCUCUGUAUUCGGAUGAUCCAGGCAAGUGAUUUGACGGGCGUGUUCUUACUGUCGGUUUUGUUCAAGCACCUUGCAGUUCUCGAUCAGGAAGAUGCGGAGGAUGAAGACAACAUCAAAAUCGACGAAGAAUCACCAUACUUCAAGAGCGAGAAGCAGCUCGAGUACGAAAACUCAUGCGUACCGUUGCUUGCAGACGAAGAGGACGAAGAUCUGCCCCACUACUCUGCGCACGACUACAACAACGAUAGCGAGGACAGCGAGGACAGCGAGGAUGGGGAUGGCGGGGACGACGAGGAGCGUCUGCUUGGCAGUCGCCAUGGGCGUGAAUACCGUCACCUGCCUGAGUAUGCAGAGGAUGAGCGUGAGCCACAAGUAUACGUCGCCUAG